AUGUCGGCAAAAAACGACAGCAACACCGUCGAGACGCCGAAAGAUCAAGUCGGCGAAGUAACCGACAAGUUGGAACAACUCAACGUCGACAACACGAAUGAGGCGAACGAGAAACGGUCGACGCGCCGCGCGUUCCGUGGGCGUGGCGGAUUUCGCGGUCGAGGUCGUGGGGGUCGCGGCAGACAGUUUGCGCCGCGUAUUCCUUACGAAGAGCAAUUGAAGAAGAUUGAAGAAGAACAAAAGAGCAAGAAGCUCGUCGAGUCCGGCGUGAAAGGAUACGUCAAAUGGUUCUCCGUGAGAGGCCGUUAUGGUUUUUUGGCUCGUGACGGAGAGGAGAAGGAAGGCGAGGACGUUUUCGUCCAUCAAACCGCCAUCGUGAAAUCGAAUACCAUUAAGAUUUACCUUCGCACAUUGGAUGAAAAAGAACCGGUCGUUUUCGACAUUGUUGAGGGACGUAAAGGACUUGAAGCUGCUAACGUCAGCGGUCCGAACGGCGAAAAUGUGAAAGGAUCACGCUUUGCGCGUCAAUUGUUCAGUCGCUUCCGAUUCGCGCACCGCACACGUCAAAACAGCAGACCUCAACAAGUCCAGGAGGGAGAACAACAAGAUAAAUCUCAACAGGAGAACGGUGAGGGUGAAACUCGUAAACGUCGCCCACGUCGUGCUCGAGGAAAACUUGCUCCAAAUGCGCAAAAAGACGAAAAUGGGGUCGAACAAAAUGAAGAAGUUCAGAAAGAAGAGAAAGGAAAUGGCGAUGCGGCGGAUAAUUCGGUGAAGAAGGCUGACCGUCGUACAAAAAACCGAAAGAAGAGCCGCAAUGGAAAAAAGGGUGAUGCUUCCGAGGGACAACAGCAAGAUCAGAAAGAAAAGCCAUCAGAGCAGGAGCAGAAGCCACCAGCACAACAGGAGAAGGAGACCGUCAAAGCUUAA